AUGCCAGCCGACGAAACCGAGCGACUCAUGUCGCCAACGCGUGAGGAAGGGGAACCCACCGAGUCGUCACCUCUUCUGAACCGUACCGAUGACGAUCAAAACGCUGAUGUUACGGAAAAUGAUGGAGAUAGCGAACCUUCAUCCCAACCCCAGUUUCCGGGUUGGAGUUUCUGGCCAAGACGUAACAAGAGCAGCACCAAAUCGUCCUGGCGAUGGCCUUCCAUCAUUGCCAUGAUUAUUCUUGGCAUAAUUGUCAUUCUCAUCAUAAUUCUUGGCUUCCUUGUCCCUCCCGCCGUCAAGGAGUACGCCGAGAAAGCUGCUGUGGUUGAACCCACCAACCUGUCCAUCGAAAACAUCACCAGCGAUGGCAUCCGAGCGCGUAUCCGCGCAAAGGUCUAUCUUGACGGAUCACGGGUUGACAACAAAAAUUCUCGCCGCAUCGGGAAAGCAGUGACCGGAAUCAUGCGGAAACUAGAGACAAAGGAAACCACCGUAAACGUCUACCUGCCCGACUACGCUGAUGCUCUUGCCGGCACUGCUGUUAUCCCUCCUCUGGUAGUUGAUAUUGUAAACGGCCAUACCAACGAAUUGGAUUUCGUGGCAGAGGUCAACCCUGGAGAUGCCGAGCAUAUCCGCAAGAUCGCGAAUGAUUGGCUGGACGGAAACCUGAACAAGCUCAAGGUGGUGGGCAAGACCAAGGUUCACCUUCAGUCGGGAGUCUUCCCACUUGGGUCUCAUGAUGUGGCGGAAUCUAUGGUUUUUGAAGCCAAUGAGAUCCCGACCAUGCCAAAGUACAACAUAGAACGGAUGGAUCUUCACGAUCGUCCGGUUGAUGGUCACGGACGCGAAGUCAUCGAGGCCGAUGUAUCUUUGAAGGUCCACAACGAUUACCCCAUAUCAUUCCAAGUGCCGACUCUUGGUUUUGAAGUUUUGGUCCCCAACUGCGACUCAACAUUGCCGUCUAUCAGUGUUGCAGAUGCUAUUACCGACCUUAUUGACGUCAGCGCUGAAGCAGAUGUUCGUGCCAGCGCCAAGGGAACUAUUCGUGACAUUCCGGAAUCCCUCAUCAAAGCGUGCCCUCACUCUGAGUCGUCCCCCUUGGACAACUUUAUGGAUCGUUACUUGCAUGGCGAAGAUGCCAAAGUCUUGGUUAGGGGAAAGAAACUCAACGACACCAACACUCCAGAGUGGAUUUCAGAUAUCCUUGAGAGUAUCACGGUUCCUGUCGACUUCCCUGGACGGUCGUUUGACAGCCUAAUUCGUAAUUUCUCCUUGAGCGACGUCGACUUUAAGCUGCCAGACCCUUUCGCCGAUGUGGAUGAUCCUGAUGGCGAGCCUAAGGUUUCUGGUACUGCGCAAGUACUUGCAGCCCUCCCACCCGAGCUGAAUGUAAACCUAGGGGUGGACCAGAUUCGCUCCAACGCUGAUCUAUUCUACAAGAAGCGCAAAAUGGGCGAGUUGAACCUGCGUCACUGGCAGGAUGCCAACUCAACACGGAUUCAUGACGAUGAGAAUAACGAGACUCUACUCAACAUCACAUCGCGGCUGGUUGAUGUUCCCCUAACGAUCACCGAUGGUGAUGUAUUCAGCGAAGUUAUGCAAAAGCUACUGUUUGGUGGCGGUGAUAUCACGCUCGACAUCAAGGCCGAAGUCGAUGUCAAGGUCAAAACUGUCCUCGGAAUCCUGACGGUAAAGAAGGUCCCCGCCGAGGGCAAGAUUCCAGUAAACGGAUUCCCCGGUAACGCGCUUGGUAAACUCAAACCUGAGGUUGGCGAGAUCGAAAUUCUGGAAACGACAGAAUCAAGCAUUCAAAUGAGAGCCCUUGUCAACAUCACAAACCCUACACCUUAUGCAGCUUCUAUCCCUUACCUCAGCGUGCACAUUCUACACGACGGCAAACUCCUUGGCGAAGCUGUAUCGAGGAACGUCGCUUUCAACCUUGGGAAAAACACAAAUCUUCCCGUUCAUGCACUCUGGGACCCUCUACGGCUUGGCGGCGAGGAUGCACAUGAGAUUGGCCGCAAUCUCCUAUCAGAUUACGUAUCCGGUGAGAACACGACUUUGACGGCGCGAACACAUAAGAAAAGUAUCCCGAACGUUCCUAUAAUAGGCAAAGCUUUGUCAAAGAUCAACAUCACCCUUCCCGCGCCACGAAUAACGGUCCCUGGCGAGGACGGACAAGAUGAACACAUCAACGCUACUGCUCUUUACAACCACACGGAGCCCAUUGGCCAGAUUGUACACGAUGAGCCGUUUCCAGCAACACCAGGACGUUCUCAGACUCCGCGGCUCCCUGUGGAAUGGUCUCCCAGCCGCGUGGGCUACGGCAAGCUCAAGGAAGCACUAGGUGGAUCGCUCAAGCUAGAUGCCGUAGCCAACGUCACGGUUAGGCUAGGCAGCUGGACUGAAACGCUUUAUUACAGAGGGAAAGGUAUCGGAGCCAAGGUUGGCCUAUAG